AUGGUGCAGGGAGCAAUAGGAGCGCUCAAGUUUCAGAACUUGAGAAGGAAUAAACUGAGAUCAACAUUAUUGGUACGCACUUGCGUACAGAAGAACGCCUACUGCGAGGACGGAGGAGUACAACUUGAAGGCUCCCAAAUCGUGGAAACUUCGUCAUACGUAUACCUCGGACGUUCUAUGAACAUUGAAAACGACUUGAACGAAGAAGUGAAUAGAAGAAUGAGAGCAGCAUGGGCAGCAUUCGCAGCCGUCAGGGAAGCUACGGACCAACUGACGGACCAAGAUCUUCGUGCCCAUCUGUUCGACUCGACAGUUCUUCCAGCGCUCUGUUACGCAGCGGAGACCUGGGCAGACACGUCUAGGAAGCUAUCUUCUGAAGUUUAA